UUACGGCUGGUGUGCAUGGUUCAAACGUAAAUCUUACGCCAAGCCAGAAACUUGUGUGUCGAGCGGCACUCCGUAACUUUGGACUGUAGAAAACUGUUGGUCGAUUGGUCGUUCGGUUGGUCGUUCUAAGAGCUAAGCGAAGCCGAGUCCAGUUUAUGUAGAACACGCCGGGCACUCACGUUCCUCCUCACCACGGAUAGAUCGACGAAGAUCUGCAGCAGCAGAGCAGAGUGCUGGCACGAUCGGAGAGUGAUUUUUCAACAAUCGUUCCUUUUGCUUGCUUUCUUCUUCGGCGGGCACUUCUUUGCGACGAGGCUACCGCCGGAGGAACCAUUGGAGUUGGUGUUGUAGUACGCGCAUUCCGCGACCAGUUGCAGCCCGCUGCCGUGAAGCAGAUCGCGUUAGUCACCUGUGAACGCUUGAAUCUGACACACCGUUUGUCAAGGUAAAACAUGUGAAUGCUCGCGCGCGCGUGUCUCGAUUUCUGAACAUUCUUGCCUGACGAUUACCGAUUUGGAUUUGGUUGAAACGAACGGGAUCAGUUCCAAUUAGUGUGCUUGUUUUGGUUCGAGUUUCGUUGGAAGUUGGAAGUCAGGAUUCGGACUUGAUCCCGGAUGUUCUAGGGGAUGCCCCCGAGUCCGUUUGAACUUUGCGUGUUUGUCGAGUUGUGUUCAACGGGGAUAGGAUUAGCAACGAUUUUGGAUGCCCCAAGCACCAAGUGAAGUGGUACAACGUUUGCGGCCUGGGGGAAGCAAAAAAUAAAAGUGUGCUUAUGAUCGAAGAAAGUGCCGUUAGAUUUUUGCGCCGUUGCAGAUUGUGAAUGACGCACCGUGAGACGUUAAUGUGAGUGCGCCGUGUGGAAUCUGAAUGCGCCGUAAUUUUGUAAAUACUUCCAAUAAUUUAAUCCAUCAGUGUAGAUAAUUUGGGUGGAUUUUCCCUCUUCGAAAAGAGAAGGGACUGUGCAAUCUUUUGACGGCAGUGCUUCGCGUAAAUUGACCGACCAGAGGUGAGAUGGGGAUUUAAAUUUAUGCCGAAAACGGACGAAGGAAAUUAUCAUGCCCAUGUAAGAGGGGCCAUUGUGUCAAAUUAGUGAAUGACUUCUGGAUGAUAAAAUAGUUCGAGUUUCACAUCAAAUUUAACACGUUGUAAAUUUCUGCAUCCCCGAUGGUGUGUCUUCUGCUGGGAGUUGACCCACUUUGUUUUCCACCGAGCGAGUGGAGCACAAGCAUAAUACUUAGAUCCGUACAUGGAGUGAAAUAGAGUGCGACUAAAACAUACAUUUGCAGUCCGAAGGAAAGUAUCUUGUGCGGAGCCCCCCAAUGAAGUAAUUGAUAUGAUAAAACAUACGAGUGGAAACAAGUGAACUACGUCGAAGAAAGAAAAGAUUAACAGUUAAUUGGAAAACAACGAAGUGUGAGGAUUCCCCGUGAAGUAAAAGCAUAGUGAAACGUGGUGGUUGUCAAAAUUUGUACAUUGUGGACGGACCGGAUCUGGAUCAGCGCUGAAACCUGGAGACCGAUAGCCGAAGGAAUUGAAAUUGAGAUUAAAUCUGCCAGAAUGAUUCUCACCAAAUGGAUUUGAACGCACCAGGAAAUGAGAAAAACCAAUCAACCGAAAGGUAAAUAAUCACAAACUUCCCAGCAUCGAUCAUGUAAGCUCCCAGCACCGAGGACCGUCCUCUACGAGCGUCAUCUGUCGAAAUACCGAUAAAACGAUAAACGUUCGGGACCGCAACCAAAAUGACAAUAAAAUUCUAUCGCCAGCAACAGAAGCAUCACCAAACGCAGAAGCAACUGAGGAAGUUACAAUUUCACCGGAAGUAAUCGACCCUCGCUGGAACAGAUAGUAAAAACGACAUACUCCGUGUUGAAACAGAGCGAAAAAAAAACAGGAAAACCUGCGGCGAAUGUCCGCGGAACAAUUCGCUUGUAUGUCAUAUUCGGCACCGAACUGAACCUUCGUAGUUAGGCUACAGUGCAUUCCAAUAGUAAAAUUGUGUUAACGCUGCUCCGGCAGUUGAUUUGUAGUGUUAAAUUUUUGUUAUCGUUAGUUGACUAGUGUUUACGAAUAUCCGAAACGAAAAUGUUACGAAAUUUAGGAUUACUUCUUUCGACGCUCCUGCUCGUCAACUCCUCAGUUGCGCAGUGCCCUUGGCAGCGGGAGGUGCCCGAUCUGCAAACUUCGUGUCUAUGUGCCUAUAAUCUUGGGCAGGAACUGUCCGUGCAAUGUGAUCAAGUCGAUUUCCCCACGCUGGUCGAAGCCUUAGACAAAUACGCACGAUCGACGGCCCUCGAUCUGUUGUACAUCAAUAAUUCGACUAUCGAAAAGUUAGAUGCAAACGUCUUCGAGAAUUUGAAACUGUUCAACGUACAGCUAAGUAGCUGUGAUAUACGACGAAUCGACGAUAUGGCUUUCAAAGGUCAAGAAAACAUUCUGAAAAACCUGAACCUGCAGGAUAAUCUGCUGGAUGAGGUUCCCAUCAGGGCGUUGAAGAUUCUGAACAUUCUUAAUCUGCUGGAUCUGUCCAAGAACAGAAUCCACACCAUUCCCAAUGAUGCCUUCAACGGGUUAGCCAAAUUAUCGACGCUUAAGCUUAGUGAUAACAAUGUCACACUGGCUCCCUUUGCUUUCCGGGGGCUCGAAAAUAGCCUGAAAAAUCUGAACCUUAAGGGCACCAAACAGAAGCGAGUUCCGGAAGCAGUCCGUGGACUUAAAAUGCUUGCCUUUCUAGAUUUGUCCCAGAAUGGGAUCCGCGAGCUACCCGGGAGCGCUGGAACGCGUACCUUCGAAGGUUUGGAAGCUCUGACGGCUCUCAAUUUGGAGCGAAAUCUCAUCCAAACUCUCGGAGAGAAUGCGUUCUCUGGCGUACGCAAAACGUUAAGUUCGCUAAGUUUGCUGAACAAUCUUCUAGCGGAAUUUCCCGUCGGUGCUAUCCAUUCGCUGCGGGAGUUGCGAGUCCUGGACAUUGGUUUUAAUCUGUUGACUGCCUUGCCGGAAACAGCAUUCCGUGGUAAUCCGGCCGUUACUCUGCUAGCCCUUGAUGGGAAUCCGCUUCCAACCGUGCCUGAGAAAGCUCUACUUCAUCUGAAUCGAACUUUGCGGGGUCUAUCGCUUGGUGGUAGAUUCCUGCACUGUGACUGUAAGCUACGCUGGGUAGCCGAAUGGAUUCGAAAUGGUGAUCUACAAGUCACAUCCCGUGAACGCAACCCACAAUUCUGCGGAUCUCCGAAUCGCUUCCGUGAUCGAGGUUUCUACUCUAUUCAACCGGAGGAACUUACCUGUCCAGACGCCGAGGUCAGUCUGGAUGGUCCCGUUGGUGUUGUGGACUCACUACUCCCGAAAACAACAACAGUCCUCACUACUCUUCCACCGACUUCAGUGGAAAUGACGAACUAUACAAUCAGCAGUACGACUGCUUUGUCGACGACCUCACUAACCACAACGCCCAUUGCAUCAUCAUCGUCCUCGUCCCAGGAAACUGUUCAACCAAGUUCAACCACCGACAGCACAACCGUGCUGACGACCACAACACAGUCUACGACUAAACAAAGCACCACGACAACCACCAAAGCCAGCGUUACGAAGAACUGGCGUACCAACAACAAUUCACCUCCACAUAAGCAAAGACCCCCGCUGGUUUUGGGUUUCCCACCGCAACGAGGCACUCAGAUCGAUGAUUCCAAAGAGGUUCAGGUUAAAAAUGCUUUCAGUUCCCGACAGGACAGCUCCGUCAUCAUUCAGUGGGACUCGGACACCGCCAACAUUCUAGGCUUCCGUGUUGUUUAUCGUCUCUUUGGCGAUAAGAGCUUCAAACAAGGACCGCCUCUAGAGGCUAGUGAGCGGGAGUUCAAAAUAAAAAAUGUCCCAACGGCUGAGUGCAUCAUUGUGUGCGUCGUGUCACUGGAGGAGAUCAGCGUUACGCCGGAGAAUGUGCCUUACAGUCAGUGUCGCGAGGUGCGGACAAUUGCCUCACCAGCUUCCAACAUGGAUAAGAUCACGAUCGCGGCCAGUGCUGCCAUCUGCGGUACGAUCGCAAUUGCAGUGAUCGUAUUCAUCGCCGCUACCAGGCGGCAAAGGAAACGGCUUCAAUCGAUGUCGCAGCAGAAGAGUGCCCUGCCAAUAGCCGGACUGCCGGUCAAUUGCUGCGGACCGACACCCAGUCCCAACGGACCGCUAGGAUCGCUGGCCACACUGUCCGCGUUCAACUCCCACAAGGACUGGGAUCAAGUGUCGGCGUACAGUGGCCGUUCGAUUCCGCGGCCGCGUAUCUAUCCGAUGGAAAACCAAGCGAUUCCGGACGAUCUGCGCAGUCACGUGUCACACUUUUCGGCCGUCGGUGGUAAGGUUGGCAAGGCUCGGUCCAUUGCCGACGGACAGUCACACCACAGCUUCUCCAAUCACUCCCAGAGGGGCUACCUCGGAUCGGCCUUCCCCAGCAACCUCGUCAACUCUCGACCAGAAAUUCUUACAGAACUCAGACAAUCUCGCCAGUCGCUGGCCGCCGCCUCGGAGCGAAUGUCGAGAGCGUCCUACGCCGGUUCCAUCGUGCACGGAGGUCCAGCCCACAGUAUAGCGUCCAGCACGCGGAGAACGAGACCACGGUCCCGGUCACGUGAGCAGCUCAAUGGAACGCACAUCCACACGCAUCAGCAUCGCCCCGGAAGUCGCUACUCGACGGCGGGCUCAACCCACACGCUGAAUAACUACUGCGACACGUCGGACAACUGGACCGACCACGAUAUGGACAUCUACAUGACCCGCAAUCCGACGGCCCGGAACGGCAACAUGGUGCCAUUAUGAGAGUCACUCUACGACAAUUCCUGAUACCGCGACGAAGUAAUACCCGAUGACAACGACGGCGGCGACGACGACGACUACGACCACGGCGAGCAACCGUCCCAUCCGGAUCGGAUCUGACAGCAACUGCCACCACCGGUGGUCACUCAGGAUCCAGUCUCCGCAUUGGAACUGGAUCCCCGCCGGUGGUGCCGCUGUGAAAACGAACCAGAUAUCCUGGAACAGAAUCACUACCACCAUCAGCUUCAGCAACUAACCAACGCACAGCAACAUCAGCAGCAACAACAACAACAGCAAUAUCACCACGGUGAACCACCGCCGGAUUACGAAUCCGACGAUGCUAGGCCGGAAACAGCCAGCGGAGGACCUGCCGUGCUGAUGGUGGGAUUGAACGGCUCGUCGUCGUCGCCGGCGUCGUCAGCGGCGUACCGCGCCGGUGUCCAAGUAAGUUUUAUUCCCGCCGGAGGGAUCCAAUCGAGUCGUGAAACCAGUUUCGUUGAGUGGGAGAACUAUCGGAACCGAUUGAAGGAGAAUUUACACCUCUAGAAGGUGACGGGGACGCGACGAAACGAUUGUAAUGUUCGUCCUGUUUCAGAUUAGAAUUAGGUCCGUUUUGGUAGCGGAACAUGGAACACAUGGGAGAUUCGUUAUUGGAAAGACUCUAAGGCAGACAUAAAGAGUAUAUUUUUAUUAAGAUUUUUAUAUUUAGCUUAGCGUUUGAAGGGCAAAAAAAACAGAGUUAGUACGUAGAACAUUAGGGAAGGCAAAGUGAAAGUCACCGAGGCGUCAGAAGGAUGUGAUGUUAUUUAUCUUGUUCGCUUCCUGUUUGGCAACACCUGUUCAAUUUCUCGUUCUGAAUGCUGUUCGGAGCGAACCGGUUUCAGCAUCAUCAUCAGGAUGAUGAGGAAAAUGUGUAUUUUAUAGCUUUUUAGAGAAAUUUUUAUAGUCGUUCAGAUAAAAUAUUUCAUUACACGCGGAGUAUGGAUGAAUGAGCGAAAAAAAUAGCGCAAAUCGGUAGAACUCAAUAGAGCGUUAACAUUUUCCCACUAGAGAACCCACCCAAAACAUGACACACGUGAAAUUAAUGUAUAUAUUAAUGGUGAGUAGUGUCAAGUUAAAUUACACCGACGUGCUCAGCUUACUGUUACUAACGUUUAAACCCAACGAAACAAUAGUCAAAUUUUUUAUGAAAACAUAUCAACGACCGGCACGGAUGCAGGAGGAUUCAAUAUAAUGCUUGGCGUGUAAUAAUGCAAACACCACGGUUUUUUUACACACGACAGACAUAAACUACCACAAAAAGCCAAUUCCCAUAACCACUCCACGGAAAAUCCUGUAAAUAUCAAUUAAGUUUAGGUAAUCCACCAUGAAUUUACUGGUCAAUGGUUUACCAGUGUCACACAAAAAAAACAUCCCCAUAUGUGCGGAAUCUGUUCCCACAAGCUAAAAACAUACACGAACACGAAUAAUAAAACACUGAUAAAUCAAUUAAACUCAUCAGAUAGUGACCAGCGGGCAGGUGGACCGGGACAACGAAGCCCGCAGCAAUAUGCUUCCGAUGUGCAAUAUCCGAAUAAACGGCUAGCAAGAGAAAAACAAAGCAAAAAAAAUUUACAAACCCCAUAUCGUAUAGGACAUCCGAAUGCACAACCCAAGACAAAACAAUACCAGAAAAAUUGCAUGUUGAUUAAAGUCGUACAUCCCGGAGCAAUACAGCAGAAUAAUUGAAUUGAUAAACGAAGAAGGGUCGUAUGAACCGUGGAGGAAACUUUUUAACUGAAUCCUGUUUAACUGCUUUUCGUUCUACUUUCCAGCUAUUUAUUUUCUUGACAACGACCAGUAAGCCAUUUGUCAACAUUCACUACGAGGAUGGAUUCCGGAAGUUUUUCACCGGAAAAGUGUUGACAGAUGGCUUAUAGUCCGUUAUCAGAACAAAAACGCGUAUCUACUGAACUAAAUCUUAAAGAAGGCGAAACUGCUUAUCAACUUUCACUCUAGGCUUUGAUCUGUUAAAGCUUGUUUGUAGAGUGUGCUUUUUUUCGAAUUACUAGAAACGCUUAGUCAAAUUAUCAAUAUCUAUUUAAUUGAAAGGUACAGAAAGGUUGCUAUACUUUUUCCAAUCAAAACCUACCUAUAUUAAAAUAAUUUUUUUGUGCUAUCACAACGAUAGUUUUAUUUGGUAAUGCCAUCAAAAUAAAAUCAAAAGAAAAGACGUGAUAUAACAUUCCUUCUGUAGAAUUUGACAUUUCGUAAUUUUAAAUGAGAAAACAGAAAUGUGGUACUACGUCAACCAACUAGCAUAGCCAUGUGUGCAAAACAGAACCAGAGAUGCCAAAUCUGCAGAUUUUUAAAACUUACUGCAGACAUGCAAACUUUUGAAAAUUGAAUUUAUUACAGACUUUUGAUAAUCAUUAUUUUUACCGACAUUCGUCCAAACUUACAGACGUUAAAAAUCUUCGAGAUCUUUUUUUUUUUGCUAGCUAAACCAAUUUCUUUCGCGAGUCCGCAGAUUUUUUUCGAGUUUACACACUUUUUCAACCCUGCUUGAAGAUAUUUGUAAUUUUUACUUGAAAUCUCUGAACAGAACAGACAGUGUUUUAUUGACAGUGGAAAAGCGGAGCAUUUUAUGACUAUAGUGCAUCAAAUUGAAUAUGAUGAAAAACCAACUGUCAGCCUACGAAUACCCCAGCAAAAGCAAGGUUUCACUCGAGAUAACGAAUAGUAAACUAAGUUUUCAAACUGUUUCAUAUCCUCAAUUAUAAAUAAAAAUAAAAACGAACAGUGAAUUGAAUGGAGAGAGCAUUGGCGCCCCAUGAAAUUGUUUAUAAAAUUCACCUCUGAAUUUGAAAUAAUUUACAUCGAUACAAAGUAGAGUUAGGUUAAGAUAAGUCCUUACUUUGCUUUUCCACGAACUGCUACUUUUUUGUUGAAGUAACCAAUCUUCCAACAGAUUGAGUGAGUCCUUCAACGACAUACUUGAGAAUAGGGUGGUUACAUCCAACGAUAUCAUUUUUUCGAUUUCACCUGAGUUCUGAAGUUGAGUAGCAAAUUCUUGUGUAUUACGAAUUGAUCUUCUCUCGAAUUUUUUUUUCCUAAGAUUGGAAUUCUUUUACUAGCCAUUUAGAGAUUAGUUGGGUUGGGACUCCUACUGAAGAAAUAAUUUCCCUUAUUUCGUUACCAGGUUUGUGAACUAUCGGUAAUCCAUUGAUGCUUGUUUCGCUAAUUCCAAGGGAAAGUUAUAGCAUUUUAAAGUUUUUGCAUUUUGAAUGCUACAAUUUUUUUAUAUGCUCUUUCAAAAUCUCGCGCUGAAUUUUAUUUAGAAUAUUUUUAGAAAAAGAUUUUCCACCCUUUACUCUGCAGAUUGCGGGAAUUAGUCCAAAUCUGCUGAAUUCCUUUAAGAACGCAAUGUCUUUGGAUAUUCCCACAAUUUUUUUCUUUAGCCUAAUAAACUUAUUGGGCUCACUAGGCUUGGUAGUCGCCAGUAAAUUUAGCCAGAACAGUUAGUUGAAUUCUUUGAACACUUUCUACUUUUUUGUACUAUUUGAUUCGACUAAUUUUUUUUUUUAAUGUCACUACACCUUUACAAAUCUACUAAACUUUUACAGAAGUAUAGCGAACGUUAUAAUACAGAUACGUAUUUCGGAUUUUCAUCAGUGUAUCGGUUUUAAAAGUUAUUGAAAUAAUGCUGCAAUGUUGUUCAUUUUAUAUGAAACGAAAGAGAGGAGGAGAUUCAUAUCAACCGGUAACAGCCAUGAAGAAUACUUAGCUGAAAUUAGAAGAGUUUAAGUAUUCUCUGUGUUUGUUUGUACUUUUUGUGAGGGCAGUAACCUAAGAAGCCAAGAAGACUUAUAUUCCAGGUCUCGUUUUAGUAAAGAAGUGGAACUAUUUUUAAAAAUUUCUAAAUACUGGGCUGUAUCUGAUUUCUAUUGGUUGAAAAUUUGUGAAAAUUCUGCUACUUUUGACUUGAAAUGGUGCGGUAAUCUCUUUUCCAAUUUCUUAGAUGCUAUCACUAUUUCUGCAAUGUAGGAGCACAAAUAUCUGGCGUUCUCUAUGUUUAUCCAAUUGAUAUUUUAACGCAAUGAAAACUCGAAAUACCCCAGAUUAUUUGAAAUUAUCAUUAGGGUCUUUUUUAGAUCCCAGUAAAGUUUUCAAUUUCAAAUAAAUUUACUAACUGCGUUAACUAAAUUUAGUGAUGUGAAAAGUCCCGACCCGCACCCGAUCGAAUUUUUCUCCAUACUAUCGGAGAUAUGUUCGGAAAUUUAUGAUAAAAUUUUCAGUAGUAAGAAAAAAUGCAAAUAACUCGAAAUUGAAUUGAAUGUUUGUUAUGAACGAGCAUUAAGGGCUGAGGACAGUACCGUAAAGUGGUAGGUUUUUUGCUAUUUUCCCGCUUCAAAUUAAAUUUUCUUGGAAACGGUGCAGAAUGUAGAAAAACCCACCUGACAAUGUCUUCGAAAUUUAGCUGAGAAUAUUCUGUGAAAUUUUCAGAAUGAUUCAUUGAGUUAGCGGUCGUGUUGAAUUUUUUUCUGACUGAAGAACUGCUGAAAAUUGGAACGCUCGGAAAUGUAUACCUCUACUUGUUCAUCGAAUAUCUCGGCUUUGAAGGCUUGUAUAAUAAAUCUACCGUGACAAAGUCUAGAUAAUUUAUUUUAGAUGCGAUUAGUACAUAAAAACAUUUAUGUUAUCGCGAUAAAAAUAAAGUCUUGUAUUUUUCUGUGAAACAAAGUCAGUUUCAAUGCAUCCGCCAUUUUCUUCGCUUUGGUUUCCUGAUAGCAUUCUGACAUUCUAUCAUUGAUUGACAGACAUUCUAUCUUUGUGAAAGUUGAACAUUUUUUCAUUGUUCAUUGGAAUCCAUGUAAUGUCUAACCCAUACGAUAGAUUAAGGUGAUAAAACUUCUCAUCACAAUAGUAAAAUGUAUGCUGGCAACCCGGUACAGUUUGCUCAUAUACGAGAGAGUACAAGAGAAAUACGAUGCACAAAGGGAAUUGAGCGAACCACGUGGUCGAUUUAAAACUCAACACGUGACCCUCUGUCCUCAAACCUUAAGGUGGAAUUCAGUGCCAAAAUAAGGCGCGCAAAAUUUCAACCGCAUGAAUUGAACGAAUCAUCGCACAAAACGUAUCGUGCAAAACCCACACAUGGAAAUACGGCAAAUUUUCAGUAAUUAGGUUUUACACGAUGACGACACAAAUAAACUGCCGAUGUAUCAAGCUCAUCUUUGACAGGUUCCGGUGCUUUGUUUUGUUUUGCGACUGCAAAUUAAAAAUUGAAAAAUAACGAAAAAGUGCCUGUUAAAAACGUGUUCCACAGUGAAAAGAACUAAAAAGAUUGCCCUGUAUGCAUUUCCAGCAUCAAGAAGCGAUGUUUGUAUGAAUCUGUUUAGUGUGAGGCGACUUGCAAUUUUUAAAUUCAAACUAUUUAAAUUCAACCUCUGAUGAACUUUCAACUUGUAAACAAACCAUCGGCGGCUGCCAAAAAAGUUCAUUCUGUUCAUUUUGUGAGGUUAUGUCAUGUUCGUCCAAAACCUAAUUGAGUGCAGGGGGCUUACGAGAUGAUUUAUUCAGUAAUAAAACAGGUACUAACUUUGAAUGGAGACUCACUUGUGCAUGUUGUUUAAGACGGUCAAUUCAGUCAUUCAAUUUAUGAUGGUUGUUUGUUGCUUGUUUCAAAAAUAUAUUGGCUGAAUCAAACCAGAAUUGAUCUUCUACAUUGGAGUAGAUUAGAUUUAUAGUUGAGCAAAACUGCGGUGGAAUUAAUUAUUGAUUUGUUUCAUUUCGUUUAAAUUAUGUCUAAAAACCUUUGGAUGUAAGUGAAUAGUAUUUUACCAUUUUUCAUGAAUUUAUGAAUGAAUUUGAACAUUGCUGUUUUAAUGUCAUCGGAAUCGGUAUUGUCCGCUACACAACCCUAAAAUUUUUUGUUCUCGUGUAUUCGUCUGAUAGUUGCACUCUUACAAUUCUGCAAGUGAAGCAUUGAAAGCUUGGGUUGGCGACUUUCACGGAAUUAGACAUACUUUUGAAAGUAAAUAUAGAAAUAAGUCCCAAAUAAGUCUUAUACUGACUCAUCUUUUUUUAUUUGAACUAAAUUUUUUUUCAAGAUAGGUAAUUUUGCUGAAAAUGAAAAAAAAGGCUUUAUCAAUAAAAACGUGUUCUAGUCUAAACUGCAAAUUCAUUGAAAACUAGAUCAGUAAAUUUUAUUCAUCAAAUAAAAGAUUUAAGAUCAUCGUCCAAGUACCAUGCGCGCAGAUGAUUUUAUAAAAUUUUCGAUUGAAAUUUUGAAAAAUUUUCCAAAACCAAAAACAUACAACCCUUUGAAAAACUUGUAUCUACCUGCUGGGCAAAAAUGGCUCAAAAAUUCGGAGGAUUUUCCGAGUGUUAUCAAAAAUAGCUCUGAAAAAUGAGUGUUCUUGUGAUCUUUCACAAUUCUUUGGAAAAAUGAUGUGAUAAUAUGAUAAUUCUUUUUUCAAAUAAACGUUUUUCUGGAUGCAAGAAUUACAAAUCGACGAAUUUCAUACAACCAAUUUCGUUGUUUUGACGAUUUGGAAGUACUAAAUGAAAUACAAAUUAUUUUGCAACGAUGCUAAUUCAAUUUAUGAACGGAAUAAUGUUAGUUUUGUAAAGUUUUCUAAGUUUUCCACAGAAUAAGAUCAAUUUUGCAAUGAACUGAAGAAAAUCCGCUUCAGUUUGAAUGUGUGUAAUAAUUGUGAAAGAUCACAAAAACACUCAUUUUUCGGAGCCCUAUUUUGAUAAAACUUGAAAAUCCUGCAGAUAGAUAAAGGUUUUUCAAAGGUCUGUAUGUUUUGGUUUUGGCAAAUUUUUCAAAAUUUCUAUCGAAAAUUUCCUAAAACCACUCGCGCUCAUGUUACUUGUACGAUGGCCUUAAUGAGCUCAAACUGACUGAAUCUACUGAAUACUGAAUCUUUGUCCGGUUUCUACAACGAAGUAAAUGCUUUAGUGGUUUGUAAAUAUGGUGGCACCAGCUUUCCUGAAAAUUCUAUUUCGAAGAUCAUGAAGAAAUCUGGAAAGCCGAAACAAGAGAGCAAUCUUUCGGAAAAGAAAAAAAUCUAAAAGAUCAGACGUAAACUUUUGGGCCAACAAAUCGAAUGUGAACAACAGUAUCUUUCAUUGUGUUUAAAAUUAAAUCAAUUUUAAAGCUAUUUGAAGACAACUGAUUGAAUCGGUAAAACUAUCCUUUCGGUGAAAUGAAGUUCGGUUAAACGAUUUUCGGCAAAAUACCGCAGAUUCCUUUAGAAAAAAUUAUUGUCAUAAUUUGUUACUUAAUACUCCCAUGAUUACAAAACUGACACCAGCUUUUUGAGCUGUACAAAUCUCCUAUUUUGGCAUGUAUCUUUUAUCCGUUCUGUAACGCAAUUUAAUCUUCCAACAAUUUCGCUCUUAGAAAACUGGUACGAUCACUUUUGUUGUUAUUUACUGAAAUAUUGUAAUUUAGUAACAUGUUGGCUUAGUAGGUCAACGUAUCGAAGAUAUUUAUCUACUUCUUCAGGGUGAAAGCUUUGGACGGAAUAUACAUAAUUCAAGCCGUUUCUUUUGUCCUGUAGAUUAAAGAAACGUCGACCACCAACGCAAAAUAAAUAUUUUGUGAAGUAACAUUUUACAAAAAAAGACAAUUUUUAAUAAAUUACUGUUAUUACAGCCACUUUCAUUCGCUACAGUUUUUUUGAAACUGGAAUCAAUAUUAAGAACCGACCUGUAUCGCAUGUAAAUACUGAAAAAAAAAAUCCACGAACGUGCAUACGACCCAUUCUCGCAGUAACCUACAAAAGAAAAUUGAUUAAAAAAACCGCUCUAGAAUAUUGAAUAGUUCACGUGCAUCGAAUGUUUGUAGUUAACAUAGUUGAAUGCAGAGUUAACAUUGAUACUAACAUUUUGGGCGGCAAGCCUGUAGCAGGAAAAUUAACAAAUAUUAAAAAAUAACAAAUCUCUCGUUCGUUACAGCUAUCCCACGAGAGAGAUCCGUUCGGGUAGUCUUGUGUUUUUUUUUUCUGCAGCUGUAGCGACGGAUCAAGGUCUAAAUAAAUUGUAAAUAAAAGUGCUUAGUGAUAACACGAAAGAAACUAGUUAACUCUACAUAGCAAUAAAUCUGUGAGUGUCUAAUGCGUCAAUAGUAGAUAAUUAGGUAUAAAACUACCAUUUUUUUUUUUUAUAAUUUGGAAUAUUUUAUCCUCCUAACGAUUUCCACUCCGAUGAGAGUAUUGAAAAACAAAAAAAUAUAAAAAAAUAUCUGUAGAGUAUUCUGAUUUAUCAAACGCUAAACCGAUCUGUUUUCCCCGGUCAAUCAUAUCAUCGCAGAGAUUUGUUUUUCGAUUCAUCGAACCGACCGGUUCGGAUAAUUGCUAGCGUGUAUAACCUGGGGAUUGAUGUCCGCUUCUGUGAAAGCGUUCCGACCGACAAUAGGAGGACGACGAUAGGGAAUCGAAUUGCCAACCGGCCGGUACCAGAUGCCGCGAUUGGCGAACGACCCCACAAAUCAUCAACUUCGUCGAUUAUCAAAAAUUUCGCAGUUUUUUUUGCCGGUAACUAACUUUUUCCAAUUCCAUUUGGAGCUAGGCGUUAUGUUUCCGUUCGUAGCUAAGUUUGUAAAUGUGAAAAUUAAAAAAAACAAUGUAAACAAAAAUAGCAAUGGUUCGAACGAAACGGCGUAGAAUAAUGGUUUGUACAGAUUAACAGAACAGCAAAAAAUAGAUAAUCUAUUUUUAUAUGAAGAAAUGUUAUAACAACAAACAAAAUAAAAACAUUACUUGAACAAUACUCACUAGACAUUGAUAGAGAGAAAAACUACUUAACAAAACAGAAUAAGCAAGUGUUUGCAUCUUAAUAAACGAAGGAAUUGUACAUUGUACUACACUAAGCAUAAUUAAUCAAAGUGAUUUUGUUGAUCAAGAUAAACUGCAUAUAAGUUCACGUGAAAAGUUUUCUUUCAAACACACCAUUGUCUAAUUCGAUGUGAAACCAUUGCGCGAAUCAGCGAGUGUACGAAACGUAAACAACAAAAUAUAUAAAAGAUUAAGCAUUAAGUUCUUCUUUUCCUCUCUCCGUUUUUUGAUACGAAUGUCAGGUUUUCCGCAUGCUGGAAAAUCCAGCACCCGGCACCCGGUGUGCCUGUUCGUUUCCAGUUAAUUUCAUAUAUUGGUAAACACAAACUCACCUGCCGCAAACUUUUCCGUUUCUCGAAAACUUGACAUUACGCGGAAAAAGGAGAAAAAACACAGUUGAAAGUUAACACUAGAACGAGGGGGCAUAGACGAUAAGGAUAAGCGUAAGGUGCGCUACCGGAGUCACGGCGUUUUGCGCGAUGGUCCGAGGCGCCCGUAGCAUGUAGGAACUAGACUAGGCUAAGGGCUCGGGCUGGUUGGCCUUGGAGGAGAAGGAGCUGCAAUGUGCGUGCGUGUGUGUAUAGUUAAAUAAGAUGAUUAAUAGAGCUAGCAACCAAUUAUUAGCGAAAGAUCUACGAAACUUUAGAAGAAAAAAAACCGAACGGAAGGUGACUAGUAGAUGGCAGGAGGUAUGGUAAGAAGACGACGAUUUUUCGACAACCUAUACAGUUAUACAUAUACAUAUAUUUAUAAUGGACGGGAACAACAAUGUGUAUUAUAGUUGAAGCAAAAAUAACAAACAGCCUAUCUGAGAAAAAAAAAUUAAAAUUAUGAAUAUUUAUAUAAAGAAAAAUUGUUAUUAACGAAGUACUAAUAGGCGAUACGCAAUUGUAUAGAAAAGUGAAAUAAAAAAAUGGAUAAUAAAUUUGUACAUUACAACAAAUCCUGUUAUUUAAUA